AUGGAGGAUCCAUGCACUGGCAUUUUAAUUGCCAUAGGCCUUCGUUCACCGGACAUCAUUGUCGAGAAGCUAUUGGGCAUAGAGCAUCAGCCCCCCAGAAGCCUCUUGCUUGCGGCCAAGGAAAUCUGUAACAACGAUGGGCCCAAGCAGUGCAUUGACCAGCUAUGGGACUACAUCUUGCAUCUUCUGCACAUGAACCAAGUGGAAGAGGAUAUGCUGGCAAUCUAUGAAGUGCUCAGGGCAGUGGUGUCCUGUGUCCAGAGGCAGCUGAAUGUGAAGGCUAGUGCUGAGGAUGAAUUGCCAUUCCUCAAGAAAGCUGCCAUAAAAUCCUGUGACACAUUCCAGCUAUUACGUGACCAUUGGCCCCUGGUCCACAAACCCAAGAUAGUCCAGGAAAUGCUGCAGCUGUUGGGAAACCUUGUGGCCCUUAUGCCAGCGUCCAGUGUCAAGGACGAAACUGACUGGUUAAUAGAAAAGUUAACAGACUUGCCGAUCAACAUGACUCUGUACAUCGAAGAGUGUGUACUCCAAGUGCUGGACGCUGUGCUCGUCAGUAAGACGGGGGGUUUCGACAAGGACUCUCAGGUGGAGAGCACCAUGUUCCUCCUGUUCAAGCUGCUCCAUGUAAGUGGCAGAGGCUCAGAUCGGAGCCUCAUCUGGAGAUCUUUCUUGGCCCUGACCACGUUACACAGUGACCAGGUGGUUCACUCACUCCUCAGAUACCUAAAGUCCGAGGACCUGGCCACACUUGAGUCGGCCCUUACUGUCUUCACAAAGGUGCUGUGUAACGGUGCGCUUCCUUCUCUUGCAACUUAUUGAGGUGCUGAACCAGUACGGUUUCUUGGGGCAUCA